AUGACUUCAACCUCUAUCAAAACAGUCGGUGUGAUCGGUACAGGCGUUAUUGGUGCGAGUUGGACAGCACUAUUUCUCGCAAAAGGUCUGCGAGUUAUCGUGACCGACCCAGCACCAGGAGCUGAAUCCAAACUCCACGAAUACUUGAAGAAGAAUUAUUUGGCGAUACCGAACAAAAUCGCCACACCAGAGAACUACUUGCAAAAUUUGACAUUUGUCGAAGAUAUUGAUCCUUACCUGGGAGAGCUUGAUCUGAUACAGGAAGUGAGUAAAAUGGCAUCGCAGGAAGGCGUUAAGAAGGUGUUAACAACUUUCCAGAAUGGACCGGAGAGACUGGACUUUAAGCGCCGCCUUUUCGCUCAUUUAGAUGCGAAUACACCUGAACAUGUGUUGAUUGCGUCUUCAUCAUCCGGUCUUCCAUCGUCAGAACUGCGAGAAAAACCCAUCUCGGAUAUUGAUUGGGCAUCCUUUCAACCCACCGCACUUAAUACCCUUAGUGGAGAUAGUUCCCAUCCGAAGACAGGCGAUGAAAAUGUAACUGCUGCUUGCGAGUUCUACCGCAGCCUGGGAAAAGAUCCGGUUAUUGUCAAGAAAGAAACUGCUGGCUUCAUCGCGAAUCGUCUUCAAGCAGCUGUUUGUGCCGAGGCUUACAGCCUUAUCUCCAGAGGCAUUGUUUCUGCCGAGGAUCUUGGUAAGGGUGUCCUUUCAGCCAAACUCGCACAGUUUGAUUCUAAUUUCAUGGUGUUAGACAAAACCAUGACAUCUGGUCUAGGUCUGAGAUGGGCGUUCUCGGGCCCGAUAAUGACCAACUUGCUUGGUGGCGGUGGUGACUUUGGUCAUUUCAUGGAUCACCUGGGACCGGCUUUGAAGUCUUGGUUAGACGACAUGAAUCAGCACCAAUUCAACAUGGAUUCAACGACCGAGAAAGAGAAUCUCAAGGAAAAAGUAAACCAGUUGGUCUCCCAUGUCGAUAUAGAGAAGACAGAAAAGAACCGGGACACAUUCUUGACAGGCCUUAUUAGUGUCCGAUCAGAGAUUUAA